UUCCACCCCGCGUACAGGCUGUCCCCUUACAUGGACCACCUGUACUCGUCACUGCAGCAUUCUAGUCCUGCCGCCAGCUCCUUGCAUGGAUUGGGCUUGCCUGCGGACUACCUCAGCUCUCGCGCGUUCGCGGACUUGCCAGCCGCCACCUCUACGGUUGGCAGCUCCGAGUUUCCAUUCUCUAUUGACGGCUCUCGACUCACAAGCCCUCGCCCAGGCAGCCUCCGUCAGAGUCGCAAGCGAGCUCUCUCCUCAUCGCCCUACUCUGAUUCAUUUGACAUCAGCUCGAUGAUACGCUUCUCUCCGAACUCGCUGGUCUCCAUUGUCAAUGGUUCUCCAAGUUCCAGUGCCAGUGGUUCGUAUGGCCACUUGUCGGCUGGCACCGUGAGUCCUGCGCUCGGCCUGCACCCAGGGAUGGCGCCUCACCUACAGCAGCUACAGGCACACCUGCUGCGAACUGCAGGGGGCCUGCUGCCCCCCUUGGCCGCCCUGGCGCCCCAUCAGCCCCAGCCCCAGCCCCCAGGACUGCUCGCGCUGCCCCACCCUCAUGUCCCGACGCCAGUGCACUCCAUCGCCAAGUCUGAGGAAUUAUAAGAGUAAAAUGAUUCGAAAGCUGUGUACUCCAGAG